AUGAAGUUCAUUCCCAUUCUUCUUAUAUCUUUGUUCUUCGUUAUCUCUUUGGCGGAUAAUGAAAAUCAAAAUGAAGGAAAUGCUACUGGCUUUGUACGCUGCACUCCAACUACGUGCUGCAAUCACAAUGACUUGUGUUGUGAGCAUAACCGCAUGUGCUGCAUGCAAAAUGCAGUUUUAAUAGGAACACCGUUCCCAUGUUAA